UUUGCUUAUUUGAGAACCUCCAGAACCCCAAUGAAUUUGGAAGAUCCUCUUGGCCUGAAUCAAAGAACUAAGGAGCUGUCUCCCAGCAACAUGAGUGAAGAAUCUCAUAGAAAUCUCACUCGAGAAAGCCUGAUUCAGCUGAGAUGUCACUUUACUUGGGAGUUGGUUAUAGAAGAUGUGGACAUACCUGAUUUGGAAAUGAGAAUCUCAGAGGAGGUUGAGUUCCUAGACAUCAAGAAGCCAGUGGGGAUGCACAACCUGCUGGCCUAUGUGAGGCAUCUGAAAGGCCAGCAUGAGGAAGCCCUGCAGAGCAUGAAGGAAGCAGAAGCCUUGAUCCAGGGGGAGCAGCUGGACAAGAGAAGCCUGGUGACCUGGGGCAACUGUGCCUGGGUGCAUUACCACAUGGGCAGCAUGGCAGAGGCCCAGACCUACCUGGACAAGGUGGAGAAGACUUGCAAGGAAUUUGCAAGUCCCUUCCGCUAUAGGAUGGACUGUGCCGAGAUGGACUGUGAGGAAGGCUGGGCCUUGCUGAAGUGUGGAAGACAGAAUUAUAGACGAGCCAUGGCCUGCUUUGCAAAGGCUCUGGAAGUGGAGCCUGAAAACCCUGAAUACAACACUGGCUAUGCCAUUGCAGCCUAUCGCCAGGAUUUCAAUGACAAUAGUGUUUCUCUGGAACCCCUCAGGAAGGCUGUCAGGCUAAAUCCAGAAGAUUCAUAUAUUAAAAUUCUCCUUGCCCUAAAACUUCAGAAUUUGGGAAAACCAGAUGAAGCAAACAUGUACAUUGAAGAAGCUCAGGCCAACACAUCCUACCAGACAUCUCUCUUUGGGCAUCUGGCCAAAUUUUACCUAAGGGAAGGUUUUGUGGAGAAAGCUCUCCAUCUCCUACACAGGGCCUUGCAGGAAAAACCCUUCUCUGCCUUCUUGCAUCACCAGACUGGUCUUUGCUAUAAGAGGCAAUUGUUCCAAAUAAAGAAAGCUACAAACAUGCAACCUAGAGGUCAUAAUAGAGAAAGAGCAGACCAAUUGAUCCGUUUGGCUAUGUUUCACUUUCAAAAGACUUUAGAACUGAGACCCACAUUUGAGACAGCUUAUGUUAAUCUGGCUGAAAUGCACAUAGAAACUGGCCAAUUUGGGAUGGCAGAGGACAACUUUCAGAAAGUGUUGAGCAUGAGGAACCUUGAUGUUACUAUCCAGCAAGACAUUCAUUUCCGCUAUGGCCGUUUCCAACAAUUUCAAAAGAGAUCAGAAGACAGAGCUAUUACCCAUUAUAUAAAGGGUCUUAAAAUAGAUGUGACUUCUUCCUAUAUCAGAAACAAGCUUCUAGAGGCUUUGCAGAAGCUGGUUGAAAGACGCAUUCACCAGCAUGUUCACAUUGUGGAGAGCAUCAGCCUCCUUGGUUUUGUCAAUAGACUGAGAGGGGAUAUAAGUGAGGCUCUACGAUGCUAUGAGAAAGCCCUGAGACUCACUAAAGCUUUGAACCCUGAGUUUUGAAGAACAGGUCAUCAAGUGACAUAUUAAGUAAUCUCAGGGUUCAUUAUUCCACUACUCUUUUGUGGCUGUUAUCUUAAAUAUGAGCUACCAGAUGAAGCAAGUUGGAGAUACUCCUUCUCUGUCUUCUGCCUUUCUACAUACAGCCCUGUUUUUGUUUUAUCUUGUUGGUUUGGCUGGGAGUUUCUUUGCUUUUCUUUCUUGGAUCUAAGUGUCUAUGAUAGGAGCUUCCAUUCUCCUAUCACACUUUGCUGCACUCAUCGACCAUGGUUGAUUCCUGCUGUCCUAGACACCUGUGAGCUGCCUUUGGAGUGAAUGACCUACACCCUCAGUCCUAUGGUACCGUGAUCAAAGGACACUUUACUAAAGAAGGCUUAUUUUUUUUUUUUAAUGCUUCAUGAAUCUCUGGCCUUCAGCAAUACAUGAAAGAAAAUUAAAUGAGCAAGGAUGAACUUUCAAAAGGAGAUGAAUUCAGGAUUCCACUACAAUAUUCCAAUCCAUACUUCCAUUCCUACAGGCCCUACAAUAGCCAUAACCUGCUGGUCAAUGAGCACAACCUUAUCAUCAGUGAAUCUUCUUAUGGCAAGCUUCUGAUUUCAGACAAUUGUGGUGAACGUGUGUGGUUCAAAUACAAAGAUAUUUAUUUACAGCUAAGAGAACUUUCAAAAUAUUUGGGGAUGACAGAGUAAAGGGGUAGCCUCUUUGGAAUGUGCAAACUCAAAAUGACAUAAAUAGCUACAUGAUACAGCUUAGAUUAUUAAGAGUUGUGUGGUAUUGUCUUCUUAAAUUUUAACUUAUAGUAUUCAUUAAAUCUGCUAAUAUCACAGAA